GGUUGCCGUGGUAACAGUACAGCGUCAAAAAUGGCGUCCUUGCUGAGCGAAACGUUGUUUGAUGUGAGUGCUCAAGCACCAUCACCAAGCAAAGAUUUUUACCAGUUAAUCGUUACCAAAACUGAUAUCAUCUGGAGGUGGUGGAAAAUCUCCCUUAGAAGUGAACAUCGAGAUGGGAAGCCAGGGGAACUUAUUGAAUCUCAUCAAGACUUUUUGGAUGAUGAUACUGUGCUGUUCCAGGUAAACCUAGUGUUUGGAAAAAAUAUUGUCGAAUAUGUGCGCAACCUCUGCCAAGGAAACUUUGACUACCUAGAGCGUCUACCAGAUCCCUUGUUGCUCCACAUCAUUUCGUUCUUAGACUUGGAAGAUCUGUCUCGACUGUCUCAGACCUCACAUAAAUUUGAAAAGCUGUGUAGUUCCGAUGAACUAUGGGAGCACAUUGUGGAGAGCUCGUGUGACACAGUUACACCUGAAAUGAGAGCCUUGGCUGCAGAAAUGGGCUGGAAGCGGAUUUUUUUUACCAAUAAAUUGCAGCUUCAGAUGCGCAUCCGCCGUAGGAGACAGAACCAGGAAAGCGUUCCUGAUGAGAAAUAAUGAGGAAUGCUUAAGUUCUACACUAAGAUUAAGUAUUAAUGUUGCACAAGGUAUUUUUUUACGUAUGAUUUGGUUUGUUUUGGUUCUUAAUGCAGUAUUUCCACAGGUUGUAUUUGCCAAGGGGUUUGGGGCUCCAAUACCGUCUGCCUUGACCCAUUUUGUCAUCACAUGACACCAUCUCGCCUUUCUUCUGCCUAGUUGAUUGUUUGUUGCAGUGUAGGUAGGAUCUUCUGAUGGGCUUGUCUCUGUCUCCUAGUUGUGUGUAAAGCGCUCAGCAGUGCCCACCCCAGCAGUGUUUUUGGGAUUUAAGCAAUAAUAAAAGCUCACUUUAUAACAUUUUUAUAAGACUGAUAGUUUUGUCCAUUCUCUUAGUUUUAAGAACAUGCUAUGUGUGAAUUAAAUCACUUUGUUUAAAUGUGUUAUUCUAUGUUUACAUGUCUUCAUUUUUUUAUUUGAACUUUUCAAUACUUUUAGAAUACCAGUUUAAGAGAAGGUGUGCCCAUUUUGUGCUACAAUAUGACAAGAGGUAAAGGCCUGUUUUUACAUUAAAUUGUUCCAUUAAUUUUCCAUUGAGAUGAAUGUAAUAAGUUUUGCAAGUGAAUGAUUUGAAAAAAAUGGAUUUUGUGUAUUUCUUAUAGAUUAUUGGGUACUGUAUGCAAAGACUAAUAAAAUGUUCUAUUUCUGCUUAUUAAAAUUAUAAAACAAAAA